AGGAACUCCACAAUCCAAUCUAUUUCCCGCUUCAUCUUCUAAGCAACCGUAAACAAAUUUCUUGAAUUGAUCGACACCUUGUUUUUGUCACAUUGUUCGCAUCGCCUUUGUAUGUCUCUUGGACGUCGAGCUAAAGUUUGACUCAAGUUUCACUGAUUUUGCAGCAUGCGCUGGUUGUAUCCAAAUUGUAAAAAAACGCAAUUUUCAUUUUCUCUAGCAAUUUUUCUUCAACGCUGAGUUGACAGUGAGUUUUCUGAAGAAGACAACUACUUACGUAUACAAGAAUGAAGUUUCAGUUUGCCGAAAGAACAGAUCGCUUUUCGUCUUUCAGCUUUUUCUUGCUACGGUCUGAAAAAACGGUGCUGGCUUGAAGAAUCAAUCUGGGGCUUCAACAGAAGAAGCGCUCGUCUCCUACGAAGCAAGUGCAAGAGCAAUCUUCUUCCGUUUCACAAAGUAGACCGGUGGCGGACGAGAAGAACACGUCAAAUUUUUACUAGGUUCUUCGGUGGACAACCAGAAUCACUCAUCAGCACCACCAGCUGCAUCUUGAUCUUCACUCCGUACUAUCUCAACCUUUCGUCCACACGACGGACCACCUUCGCCCACCAUGCCGCCGAAAAAGAUGAAGAAGGCGAAAAUUCUAUCACAGGAAAAGCAAAAAGUGUUAACGUCUACAGAAUUUGGCAUGCUGUCAUGCAUGAGAAAUGGUGCCUCAGCCCGAAUUUGUAUUGCAUAGGACGCAUCAUAGCGAAAAUUUGUCAUGCAUCUCUACCAUUAAUAGGGUUAAGGUGAAUGUUAACGCUAACACUUUUUUGUUUGAUAGAUUCCGGAUUUCGAUCUGGACCUCGAUCUCGGGGACGACUACGAGGACGAGGAAAAUCCUGAAAAUGCUGAUGAAAACCCCCAAGAACUACAAGACGAACUCGAACCGGACUUCGCGCCGCAACCGAAGGCGAAAAUGCGGAAAAUGAACAAAAAAAACGAAGGGGGAACAACAUCAAUAAACCAGAACGUCGAAAAUAACGUCGAAGAAAAUAACGCAGUAGAGGAAGAACCGCUAGUGGAGAACCUCGGGCUGCAAUUAAACGACGAGGAUUAUGAGAUUCUCAAAUGUUACAUUCUAAACUGGUGUUGAACCAUGAUUUGUCAUGCAAACAUAUCAUAAGCCGCCAGACGAUCAAGAUUAUUCGCAUGACAAAUUCUUGAAGGACGAAACAGCAUCUAAAUCUGUUCAAAGUUUGUAAUGCGCGAUUUGCAAGUGUUCCCCUUUCACUGUUGCUGUUCUCGCAUUACAACAAAUCCAUGCUACAGUUGUGAGUAUAAGGUUUGAAAACGCCAUAAAGAUUUCGAUUUCUACGAUGUCGACGACGAGGUCAUCCUCGGUGAGGAUGGGGAGCCAGUGAAAGUAAAACCCAAGAAGCCGGUGCUGCUGAAUAAAGAGCCCUCCGGCGCUUCUGCGAAGGCGAAACCGAAGCCAAAGCGAAAAAUGAAGCGAAGGAAACCGGCUGUGAAAUAUGCAAAUUGCAAAUUUUCUAUUGUACUACACGUGUUAGUCGCUAUCAUGCAUGACAGAGUUGUUUUCCUCUAAACUCCAUCAGCAUGACAAGUUCCGUUUUUGUUUCUGCAAAACUUGUUUCUCAUGCCGCUACUGCUACGUGUGCCUGUACGUGCCAAUACAUUUGCAAUGCAUAACAAGGUCGGUGAAGCUGCAGAAGAGGACGACCGGCUGAAGAUCAACAUUUGCUGGUUCCGGCGGAAUCUGCGGGUGUAUCACGACAACCCGGCUUUGAAAGCCGCAAUGAAGGCCUGCACCACCGCGAAUCCAAAACCACCGAAAGGAGAUGACUCUACAUCUAGUGACGAGGAAGACCAGCACUUAGAAGCGGAGUUUCUCGAUAAGAACAACAAUAAAAACGCUAAUGCUGCUGUUCGAGCCUCCUCUGCGAAACUACAGAAGAACACCACUACCGACGAAAACGGGAAUACUGUCGACGAAGAUGGAAACAUCGUGAAAAAAAACCCGCGGGGCCGGCCGCGGAAGCAGAAAGACCCACGGGAGAACGACAUCCCGCUGCUGUGUCUGUACACGAUGACGCCGUACAUGAUCCCAAAAACCAUGAAGCAGCAGCGGCAGCAGCUGCAGGGCACGGGCAUCGUGAACAACCAGCGGGUGCCGGACCAAAAUUGCCCGGGCAACCAGUGGUGGAACCUGCUGCUCGCGAGCUUGCGGGAGGUGCAGACGAACUUGCGGGAGCACGGGCAGGAACUUAUCACGGGAAAAAGUGUUAGUGUUAACGGAAUUUGUGAUGCAGUAACGCAUCACAAAACGCGCCCAAAUUUGUCAUGCAUAGCAUGCAUGCUCGGCAAAAUUUGUCAUGCAUAUUUGCAAUCUAUGAAAACCGUUAAUGUUAACACGUUUUCUUGUGAUAGAACUGUACAUCACGCAACAGCGGGAAGUUCCCGUGUUUACCUUUCUGUUCGACGAGUUCAACGUAUGACAGUGCACAACUUCCCCUCCCCCUCAUUUGUAUAGCAUGGAGGCAAUACAAGCAUCAGCAGCAAUGCCAGUUCUGCAUGACAGAUUUGCAUUGGAGUGUAGAGCUAGAGCUAUUUGGGCUACCAGAAAUUGUAAUGCAAACAGUGCCAAGAGGUACAGCCUGGAUUUGGGACUUUGCAUGACAAAUGAAAGGGAGAGGUAGUUGUGCACUCUCAUACAACGUGGACACCGUGUUUUUCGAGCAGGACCUCGAGCCGUACGGCCUGGUCUAUGAACUGCAAAUAUGCCUGGGUCUGGGAGAUUGCGAGAUUUGUCAUGCUAGUCUAGCCUGACUCUAAACUCUGUAUUGCGUGCCUGCGAAGAGAUCCGCUUGUCUGUCAUGUAAAAACGCAGUUUCUCAUGCGGAGUACGCAACUCUGAACCACGGAAAAACUUGUCGUGCUGGGAAGCGCAUUGUAGUGCACUCAAUAAUAUUCCCUUCCUUGCGUCACAAAUAUCCAGACCGAGACAUGUUUGCAGUUGAUAUGGUCCGCGACGAAUCGGUCACGGAGUUGGCAGAACGGCGAGGGAUCCGGAUGGUCAGCUAUGCGAGUCAAAUGCUGUACGACGUGCGGGAUUUCUUCUACGAGGAGAAGUUUGAUGAUAAUGACGAGAAAGAAAACGAAGCCGCACAACAAAGUCAACUCCUCGCACAGACCGGGGGCAGGCAGGGUGCGGGGAAGACGAGUCAAAGUGCAGCUUCGUCCGCAUCCGCGAGUAAAAAUGAUAAUAAUGUCAUCGGAAGCGGUGCCGGUGCGGGAGGAAGUAGUGCAAACAUGAUGAAUCAGAAUCAACAACCGUCUGCCUCCAGCAGCUCAAGGCCACCACAACAACUGCUCGACAUACCCGAGCCAAUCGUGAGCGGCCGUGGGAUCAAGAAAGGGGCUGCUGGGGUUUUGGGAAAACAGAAUUCCAUUGUCAAGGACAAAAUCCCACAGAUGAGGGUACUCUAGUACUAACAAGUAGUUACUGCGUGUAAAGAUUUUGUUGCUCAUCUUUUCUUUGACUACCGCAUGGAAAACUGGAAAGAUGACUUUGUGUGUAGUGGUCCUCCGAACCAUGACAUCUUCCGUUAUGAGCGAGAUCCUUAUGCUUUCGUCAAAACAAACACAAACUUCUCUCAGAUUGCGGAAACGGUAGAAGACUACGCGAAAGUUGUGAGGAAGAAACUCGGGCAGCAUCCCGAAGACCCUGUUCUAUGCACUGCAAAAGUUAAUAUCUUACUCGUCGUGUUAAUAAAGAUUUGUUAUCGCAGUCAUGCAUGACAGAUCGAUAAUUGGCUAAGCAGGGAAUAUGAAAACAGCAUUACAAAUUGCACUUUUGUUCUUGAAAAUGAUUGUUAUGCUAACAGCGCGAUAAGAAGAUCAAGAUUAUACUUUUGCCAUUCAUAAGUGAGAUUUGUCGACGAUUACAACCAUUUCGAGCGGCAUUUGGAGCAGGAAAGGCGAAAAGUCGCCGAGAAGACCCCGAACGCGAAAGCCGCGCGGGUGUUGAAAUUCGACGAGAAGUGCAAGAAGGAAUUUAUGUACGCGUUGCACAUCGAGAAAUCCGUACGGAUGCCGCCAAAAAUCUGCACGCAGUACGACUAUGACGAACAAGACGAUCGACUUGCGAACCCCUUCAAUGUAGUCCCGGAGCACAACGUAUUUUUCCACAUGUGUAUCCACAGUACAUUUAGUCCCGUAGUACACGUACAAUAAAUGCUAUUUGUGCAUGACAAAACUUACCGUUUAAUCUUAGUCAGCAUGACAUGUUGUAGCGAAAUUUAUUUGAUGUCAUGCAUUGUGUACAUGUACUACGGGAAAAGAAAUUUGUAUUGCAUAAUGUGCACCACCCACAUCCCAGAUCUGAUCGAGAUGAACCUUCACAAAGACAAAACUUUGAUUUCCGACCACGAUAAAGCGACUGGCCGGAUUAUCCUGUGUAAAAACGUCCCCACCCCAGAGUCAAGAUGGGAAACCUGCUACACAAAUCAGCCAGCCUUGGCUGUUGCGCAUGACAAGUUGAGCUUCGUAGUGUAAUGCUGUUUAGCUGCUCCAGCAGUAUCACAACUCUAACUCAUCAUGCUUGUUGGAGCAUGACGCAUUGCAUUCCGAAACCCGACUAGAAAAUGCUUCUCAUGGGGCUGCGCAUGAGAAACAUUCUCAGCAUGCGGAUUAGCAUUACAACUAUGGCGUGGGGACGUUUUUGCUCAGGAUACGAAUCGUGAAGUACUUCGGUUACUUCCACGACAAACUGGGAGAGAAGCACGCGUUGCAACGACUGGAGCAAAUCACGAAAAACGAUCCAGGCAUCGCACUCAGGUACGACAUGGACAGGACGGCGCCGAUUGUGCGGUAAGAGAAGUUUGGUCUACUUACUUUGUGCUGCGCUGCAUUGCACUUACAAAAAAUACUUACAACUGGAAGGAGCGGGUUCUUACUUCAUCGUAGCACGACCUUGUAUUAGUACAAAUUUUUCGGUAGGUGGAAAUUUUGUGAUGCAAAUCUUUACUAUCUGAUUGCGAUGCUAGUAUCAGCCAUCUUCAGUUCUAUUGAUUCGUUCCGCUAUUGAUGGUGUUCCUACAAAUGUUUAUUUAAUACAGCGACGCGCAGUGGCACUUCUAUCCGCCGACUACCGGGCUUUCCCCCUACCUCGCUAUGGGAAAUUUGUCCGCAAAAACGGUGUACUUCGAAGUGAAAAAGAUGAUGCUCGAGUGCUACGUAUCCUGAGCAAAAACGUACCCACCCUAUAGUCAAGUUCGUAAAUCUGCAACACAAAUCCCCAAGCUUUGGAAGUUGUGCAUGACAAGUUUCCAUCUGCAGUGUAGUGCUGGUUGGCAAGGGAAGUCGCAUGACAAACCCACCUUAUCAUCCUGCUUACAGCAUGAAAAAUGCAAAAACACGAUUGGAAAUGCAUCUCGUGGAGAUGCGCAUUACCAAUGUUCCUGUCAUUGCACAUUUGCAUGACAUCUCUGGGGUGGGGACGUUUUUACUCAGGAUACUACGCGCACUGCAUGCUGAAAAACAGCGAGCAGGAGCUCAAGCUGCUCUAUCCCACGAAAAAACUGUUUCACUGUGAUGGCUUUGCAAGAUCUGCAUCACAAGUUUGUUACACAUGACACAGAAAAUUUGCCAUGCGCGCUUCCAAAGGCAGAACACGCCUAAAAAUCCAAUGUCUUGCAGGUGUAGCAAGACAAAUCGUUUUUUGCUCCAUUCUAUGCAUCACAAGUUUACAGUGAAACAGUUUUUUCGUGCGAUAUGCUCUUCACGGACUUCAAUCGAGCGGAUGCGGAGAACAAGGUGAAAGAACUAUCCUGUGUAAAAACGUCCCCACCCCAGAGUUGUGAUGCAAAUCUGCAUGGUAAAAAUAUUUCUCAUGCGGAGCCCCAUGAGAGGCAUUUUCUAGUAUCGACUCGGAAUUUGUCCUGCUCCAAGCAGCAUGAUAUGCUAGAUCUGUGAUGCUGCCAUUCUAGCUAAACAGGAUUACACUACGAGACCACACUUUUCAUGCAUAACUCCCAAAACUUCGAGAUUUGUGCUGCAGAUUUACCAACUUGACUAUGGGAUGGGGACGCUUUUCCUCAGGAUAAGAGCGCAAAAUUUUCUACGCCAACGAGCCGAAAAAGAAGAUUACCAAAAAGCAGGAGUUCUUCCUCGAUCAAAACCAGUUGCUGCAAAACCUGAGACACCGAGACUAUUGCUACGCGCUCGGGUUUAGUAUAGCGAACUUUGGGGGAACGUGGAAAAACAAACUCGUGCGACAAAUCAACUGGGGCAAUUCGGCGAACAUCGUGCGACAGUGGGAAAUGGGCCGGACCGGCUACCCUUUCAUCGACGCCUGUAUGGCGCAACUCCGGAGUGAAGGGUAGUGAAACGUUUUAUUUUCUAAUGUAAAAAUGAAAAACUUUUCUGAACGAGACCCUGAUGGUGAUGGGCCGCUACUUCGAGUAGAGAUCAAUCUUCACAGAAGCAAGAGCAUGAGCAUGAGCAACAUCAAACGAUAUAAAAAUACGUACCUCCAGGUGGCUACCGGCUGAGUUUCGGCGGGUGGUGUGCUGCUUCCUGACGUAUGGAGAUAUGUACGAAUCCUGGGAGCGAGGCCGAGACGUGUUUGCGAUAUCCAGACAGAAAGUAGAUCCAUUUCCACCGCCAAUUUGUCAUGCAAAACAUUCAUCAAAUCCAGUGUUCGUCAUGCAAAAAAUGGAUGGAGAUGGGUUUUUUUUCUUGGGAUAUCCGAAGUACGCAAUUGACAACGACUGGGCGUUGAAUACAGCGGGGUGGAUCACCGGGUCUGUAUGAUAGUCGACAACUUACUACUCGCGGCUCUUACCCUGCUCAUUUGCGAUGCAGAAUUUCUCCGAAAAACUCUAUCCGGGCCCUUCGGCUGUGUUUGCAUGACGAGUUCUGGUGGAAGCUAAGACCUCAGAACUCCAACUCUGGGCGUGGAACUAGAUUCGUCCUGGAACUGCUGCACUUUUUUUCUUCACAUGGUGGUUUGUGGCGCUAAUAGCAUGCGGUCCUUGAUGAUGCAAUGCUUCAAAUCAGCAGAGGACGGGGAAUAACAGUCUCAAGUUAGUAGUUGUCCACUGUGCCAUACUCCUGCAGCUGCUUCUAUCAAACAAAAAAGUGUUAACGUUAACGGUUUCCACAGAUGGCAGUCAUGCAUUACAAAUUUUGCCUUCCAUGCAUGCUACGCAAUACAAAUUUGGAUACCUUUUCUGAUGCAUUCCUGCAUCACAAAUUCCGUUAACACUUUUUCCUGUGAUAGCUUCGAAGAAAAUUUCAUGAACGUGUACAAUCCCGCAGACUAUGAACUGCAAAAAUGUCUGGGUCUGGAAGAAUGCAAGUUUGUCAUGCUUGUCUCACAUGACUCUUGAAUUUGUCAUGCACAUUACCCAAGAGCCCCAUUUUUUUGUCAUGCAGAAACGUGCUUUGUCAUGCAGAACAGGCAACACCUAGAAGCUCAGACACUUGUCAUGCUGAGCCAGAACUUGUGGCCUCCUCAUGAUACGCCACCCAGCAUCGCAAGUUUCCAGGGUCAGACACUUUUGCACUUGAUACAGACUACUCCAAGGAUAUCGACCCGAAUGGCGACUACAUCAGGUAUAGCUUACGUAGUUGUAACACCACUUCAUCACCAUGUAGUGCUGGUGCGAAUUUGAAUUUUUCGCUUCUUGAUUUUUCCCCAUGCACGACGAAUCUCGACCCGAGGGCCUCGCUGUCGUCUAGGAGCUGGACAUAAACAUAGAUGGAACACAACUCGGUUUGGUGUUUACUGGGAACAUUAGGUGAAAUUUUAUUGUAAAAUCUUACGUACAGCUACGAGAAUAUCAUCAUUAUCAGGUACUACCUCCCAGAAUUGCGCAACCUGCCCGCGGAUUACAUUUUCGAACCCUGGAAAAUGAAGCCAGAACAGCAGGAAGAGUUCGGCUGCGUCUUGGGUCGCCAGUACCCCGCGCGGCUUUUAGACCACGAACUGGUCGGCCUUUCGAAUUUCAACAUCAGCUCAGCAUUAUCCUGUGCAAAAGUAUCGUACUCGUACUACCGAAACCAAUCGCAUCUAUGCAUGACAAAUCUCUUUUCCAAGGUAAAUCAGCAUAUGAAAUUUCAUUGAUUUGUCAUGCUGAGAGAAUUUGUAAUGCGAUUUCUACAAGUACGAUGCUUGUGCAUUUCAUAAACAUCUGACUUUGGCCCGUCCGGCGAGUUCCGAGAUCCCAACGCGUGGCUGCUGCGAGACGAAUAUGCAUUGCAAAAUUAUCGUACUAGUAGUAAUCGCAUUACAAAUUGGCUCAACAGCAUGACAAAUGGAAUUUGUCAUUCUGUUUUGCCUUGGGGUGGAGAUUUGUAAUGCAUGACUGCGAUUACAACUACGAGUGCGAUAGUACUUUUGCACAGGAUGACGAAGCCAGACAGUACGUGUUUUACCAGCUGCACUCCCCCAAGGCCGGACACGGGUACCUCGGGAAAAACAACGUGGUUAUUACGGAGGAGGUAUCCUGAGUAAAAACAUCCCCACACCAGAGUCGGGAUGGGGAAUCGGCUAGACAAAUCCACAAGCUUUGGCUGUUUCGCAUGACAAAUUUGGACGCGUAGUGUAGUGCUGUUUGAGCUAGUUCAGCAGCAUUAUAGAUCUAGUCUCUCAUGCUGAUUGGAGCAUGACAAAUUUCAAAACACCAUUAGAAAAUGCUUCUCAUGGGGCUCCGCAUGAGAAACAUUUUAAGCAUGCAGAUUUGCAUGACAACUAUGGUGUGGGGACAUUUUUACAAAGGAUAGGAGGCAAUGGAAGACGCUGCGAACAAAGACGGCGCCCCAACGCGGCGAAAACGACCAACCAAGCGGGAGUGGGAGGAGAACGACAUCAUUUUUCCGAGGCGGAAAGACCAAACUUCCAAGGCGGAGGUGAAUGAGCGGCGGAGAAAGCAGGGAAAAAUCUCCCUGGGUGGCUCACCGGUGCCGGGGAAUGAAGGGGCUAUCCGGAUUGACCUGCGAAACCACGUGUCUAGAAACAUCAACAAGGACGAGCGGAAACUCUUUGGCCAGCCAAUCAAGGGCCUUGACGAGUCCGACUACGACGACAUGAGCAGUGCUGCAGCUCCCGCCCCGAAAAAGCGAAAGAAAAUGGAAGAGGACGACGAGGGAGUUAGUCCCGGGGCACAGAAUAUCACAAGAAAAAAGUGUAUACAGUUACACAUUUGUUGAAGUUUCUGCAUCACAAAUUUUCUCUGUGUGGCAGAGAAAACUUGUAAUGCAAUGAUGAUAAGCGAAAAUACGUAGGAAGCGAGGCUCGCAAAAGCAUUUCCUGCAUGACAAAGGUUGUCUGUCUUGCGGCUCCUGCAGCACAAUGUGUAUGUAACUGUAGCAACUUUUUCUUGCGAUACAGAAACGAGCGGAAGAUGAGGAAAUGUACCAGGAGCACGACUAUGCGUUGCAAAGUGUUAUGAUCUUUGCUUGUAUCCCAGUUUUGCAUAACAAAUUAAGUAGCGUUUCUGUUUAGCAUGAUAAAUUAAGGAUCUACUUCCCGGCUCGUUUCUUUCUGAAAAAAAUUGUCUUUGUCAUGCAAAACUUACUACUAGCAGUACAGUAGCACGAGGGUUUUCGAUCUUUUGCAAUGCAUAGCGACAGUGCAGCCAUGAAAUUGUUUUGGAUGAAGAAGAGGAAGCAGCUGUUGCUGGGCCGCGCAUAUCAAAUGUGAAAAUGUCCUCUGGGUCUGGAAGGAUACAACUUGUGAUGCUACUUUUGGAAUCUACAUAAAAACUGUAUUGCAUGAAAAGCAAAAGAGGUGUAAUUUGUGCUACGCGGAGAGGGCAUUUCUCAUGCGUUAUGAGCAUCAGAAAGCCCUCGCAAAAUCUCUGAUGCUAGGGCAUGCAUCACAGACCUCAUGGGUCAUGCGAAAUCUGCAUGACAAACUCCUGCACUCUUCCAGACCCAGACACUUUUGCAAUCCAUAGCGCGCUCACCGCGCAAGAGCUGCAGGCACUGAUUUUCGAGAGCAUCAAGGAGGAUAAGACGAAGGUACUGUUGUAUAAGAAUAAUGGUGGUGCGCGUGACAGAUUUAAUAUCUGCAAGUCGUCCUGAAUGGAUCGAUGAAAUUCUAGGUCGAGAUCGGAAGAUGAAGAUUUCAAAAUAGAUGCUUUUGCACCACACUCUGAAAAUCUUGAGACAGCACAGCUUUUACAUCUACUACCCCAAACUCUACGAUGAAUAUUACAGGGAAAGAAGAAAAAGGGCAAAGAGGCCGAAGAAUUCGAAGCUCUAUCCUGUGCAAAAGUACUUACUUACCAUCACUACAAGUACAACACCAGUGUAUCAGAUUGCAUGCUAGUGGGCCGCUGGUUUUGCUGUCGCGUUCUUAUCUGAAAACUCCGAAUGGAAAUAAAAAAAUGCGGGAAGAUCUUCAUCAACAUUUGUCCUGCAAUUUGAAUUUGUACCACCGGAAUCUUCAUAUUGGUCGGUACAAGUACUCUUGCAACGCAUAAGCUCUUAUCAAGUGUAAAAAUGUCUGGGUCUGGAAAAUUCUGAGACUUGUCAUGCACGUUUUGCAUGAGCCGUGAGGUCUGGAAUGCGAGACCUAGCAUGACAGAUUCUGUGAGAUCCGUAUCAUGUCUAUCCUGCAUGAGAAACUUCCUCUCAACUUGGUUCUGACGCCCAGGCAUUGGCAGAGGCUAAAUCUGUUCUAACGCCCACCCGCCAGGAGUUAAAUGGUACUACUACUACUAACUUGGUCAAAAGUGGACAGCUUUUGGCAUUCAUGCAACACAGAUUUUUGCACGAUCCAGAAUUAGCAUUACAAGUUGCAACCUUCCAGACCCAGACAUUUUUACAUUUGAUAGCUCUGGAGGGCUACGAGCACGUCGACGACGAAAAUGAGGUAUCAUGUGUAAAAAUGUCUGGGUCUGGAAGAGUGGAAGGCUUGUCAUGCUUGUCUGGCAUGACCGAUGCUGCUUGUAAUGCAUGACCCAGCAUCACAGAUUUUUGGAAAGCUUCCUGAUGCCAUUUCCGCAUGACAAAUGCCCUCCUCGCGUAGCACAAAUGUGGUUCCUCUUGCUGGUCAUGCAAUACCAUUUUUUUUUGGGUCCAAAGCUAGCAUCACAAGUUCCAACUUUCCAGACCCAGACAUUUUUACAUUUGAUAUGAGGACGUGGCUGACAAGUUUCCCAGCAUGUUUCCGCCGGAACUGAACCCAGAAACAGAGAAGGAGCUCCGAAAACAGGCCGGAAUGGAAAAAAGCAAGUCCAAAUCGAAAACAAAGGGAAACAAAAGCAGUAAGGCGGCCGGGGGAAUGGUAAUAUUCUUGUUUUGUCUCAUAUGGUACUUUGAGUUUGAGCUGCUCCCGAGGAGGAGUAGGAGUACAAGCAACUAGAAGAGAAGAACCCCACCAGAUGAAUUACAUCAGCUUUACCUGUUUUCCCUUUCAGGAAUCCAGCGCGAGUGCCAGUGGCGUAGAUCUGUUGAACAAAAAAGAGAAGAGUCACACGUCGCAAAUCCUAUUCACAGCAAACAUUUUGCCCUGCUCCUAGUACGCAUGAUGUUGAAACAAUAUGGAUAACAUCGCAUGACAUAAGUUUUUAAAGUCAUUUUGUAUAUUGAUUCUCAAACAACUUCAUAUUUUUCUUUUUUUCGUAUUGUCGUUGAUAUCGAAAAAAUCAUCUCCAUCCGUAAUGCUAGUGCAUGAUAAGACCGCGUCGUGCUCGUGUUUUGUGGCAAAAAGUUUGCAGUGCAUACUACGGCAAGAAGGGCAAACCCCUCCCUGACCGGCCGAUGUUUGAGAUCCACGACGAUGGUAUUACCGAAAAAGAACCACCGAAAAUCAAGCAACUGCGGAAGAAAGACGGUGAGCUGAAAAUCAACCCUGAGGACCCAACUACGUACGACACCUACAUCAGCGGAAAAGGUCUCGUGAUCAAGUCGGUCGGCGAACACGACGAGGACUUUUACAAGCACGAGAAGCGGGAUAUCUUCGAGAAGGCGUUUGGUGCCAACGCCAUCGAAAAGGACUACACGCCCCGAUCCAGCCUCUCCGGCACGGGGAGUAGACAGCUCACGCCCCGGCAAAAGGGAAAGCUGACGCCGAGGGGAGACAAGGACCUGAAAACGUUCCGGAAGUCCCUCGUCGAGGAAUUUGGAGAUGAAAACGGAAAGCUGAACAUCAAAGAGGAAGAGAUGAUCAGUCCAGAAGCCCAUUCCAAGGCCCGCGAGCUGCUCGGACUCACGUUUCAUAUCCACAGAAAAAAACCCAUCCGCAUCCAUUUUCGGCAUGGCAAGCACAUGACUUCAUACGUGUUUUGCAUGACAAAUUGGAUAAUGGGGAUCGGUUUUUUUCUUUGGAUAUUUCACGGGAAGGGACACCAAGGCAGAAAAAAGGCGGAGGAGAAGAAGAUAGGGAGGCAGAUGCACUUCGACAUGCUGCAGGCGGCCGAACAGAUGCGGCAACAGUUAUGAAAAUGAUAAUGAAAAUAUGAAAGUUUGCAAGUCUACUGUAAAAAAGUAAUUAUAUCAUUUCCACCGCUCCUCGACCUCGUCGUGUGCUUACAGAAGAAGCACAAAAACAAUAGAUGCUGAUGCUCAAAUUCUGAUCAGUAAAAAUAGUGCUGCAUUUUUUCUUGGAUUUGUGUACAGUGACUGCAAACUCCUGCCUUUUGCAAACGCAUAACACCAGUUGGAGGAACAGGAAAAAAAGGAAAAGAACAUCAAAGCUGAGACGUCGAAAAUGAAGUCCCGAGCUGGAGGCGAAAAGGAAGGCGAUGUCGGGAAAAAUGACAAAGAGAAACAAGCUGCUAAAGGAGGUCCUCUUGCUGCCAGUAGCAGUAGCAAGGCGAAAGCCGGGAAGGUGGUGGACGACAACAAAGCAGGGAAAAAGACUUCCUCCUCUUCUUCUAGCUCGGCGGCAGCCAGCAGCACGGCAGCGGGGGCAGCUGGGAACAAACAAGCGAAAGACAAGGGGAACAAGGAGCCACAAGGAGCAGGACCAGUAGCAGCGAAGAACUCCUCCUCAUCGACCAGUAAUGUGUUGGAUGGGAAAAAGAAAAACGAGACGACGACGAAAGCCAGAUCGGUUACAUUUGUGGACCACGAAUUAGACGCACCAUCCUCUCCGAAAAGCAAAUCUAAGCCAGAUAUUACAAAAGCAAAAACCACGACAGGCGGCGCUGGUGCUAGUACUUCUGCUGCCACUGCUAUCCAAGAAAAAAACUGUGUUAGUGUAACUUUCUUUGGUUGACAGCACCACAAAUUUGCUCUACAUGACAGAGAAAGCCUGUCACGCGCGGCUUGUAAGGGAAGACACACGUGAAAAGAGAGCUUCAUGGUUGUCUUGCAUGACAGGUGUAACUCUGAUGCAUGUUCUGCGUUACAGAGUUACACUUACACAGUUUUUUUCUUGCAUAACUGCGAAUGUCGGAAGCAGCAAGGGCAAGACCACGACCGGGGCGAAAAAAAAGAAGUGAGCUGCGUUUAUUAUUCUUCGUUGCAGUUCGUCCUCGUGCCGCGAAGUUCAGUCAGUCUCUGAAAGUAAAAUAUUUAUACCCACCCAAUUAUUUUGUAAAGAACGUUGUAUUACCAGUAGACGUAAAACAAGUGAUACAUCUUUCAUCCCUUUCUCCUCUCGUGGUCCCGCCACCGAAUGGGAAUGAAGAUCUUCUGAACAUGUACUUAGGCUGUCGUAGAACAACCUUAUCCCUUUCGCUUUCCCGCCACUGGGCUGCUUCUGUAUAUAUUCAGAUUAUAGAGCAGCAUAAGCUAAUUUUUACUUAUUUUAUUUACUAACUUAAUUAUCGACUCCCACCACAUGCAGCUGCUGCAGAAAUCAAGCGCAGCUUGUGCCGGUUUUCGACAAAAUCUGAGAUGUUGUCAUAAACCGUUACUUCCUAACCCGGGUCUUUAAAACUAAACGCAGUCUCCACGAAAUAAGAAUACGUGUAGGAAAACGGUACAUGGAGCUUUAUGUGUACCGCAGCGUAGAAAUAGGAGUACACCUCCUUCUGGCUUAGCCGAAGAGGAAAGUGAAGGACAUCGACACUAAACUUUGGCGACGCUCUUCCACUGUGCUGAUUGUAUGUAAAUAUUCAUUCCGGUGCUAGCAGAUUGACUUUGUACGAACAAAGAUAUGCGACUAGUAGAAAUCUGAAGGGCCACGAAGGGUCCGCCUGCUCCUGAAAAUACCGCACGGCGCCAACUGCAAGACAUGUAUGGGGCCUGUUUGUCUAUUUAUGUUUUGACAAUGGUGAUGUUGGUGGACUUGCUGACCAUGCAGGGCGGGGUGGAGGGUUCUGAUGGCGUUGAUUCAGAACUGUGUAGAUGGCACUCUGUGAGAACGAGAAGCCGUCGGUCAGAUGCACUUUUAUCUUUCUGACGUUUUUGUUUCCGGUCAUUUCAGAGUGGCAAAGUCUGAGGGUGCUGGCAGUGAGAGACUGCAGUGACCUCAGCAGAAGUACGAAAAGAUAUAGAGGUGCGAUGUUGAGAGUGCUGCGUGUGGGUUGAAAAAUUUGGUAAUGAAAUUCGAAAUGGUACUAGUGGCACAUACUUUAUCCAAUGCCAAUGUUAAGUAUACACAAUAAGACACUGGUGCUCAGUGGUUGUGGUGGCGAUAGACAAAGGGCCUGUAGUGCCUGACUCCGGCCGCAAGAAUAUCGGGCGGGUGCGACGGAAAUGUGGCUAAAGGCUGCGCUCUGUCCCAACGCCGCGGAUGUGCGCACCUGCGAAACGGCACGAAGUGGAAAUGGCUGCGGGUGCGUGGGGCCAGUUGUACGAACAGGAGGCGGAACCCAGCGAAGCGGCCGCGCGCCUCUCUUCGUGCCCCGGCGGGCCAUGCCCCGCCCGUGCGGCCGUGUUUUCUCAUGUGCGGCCCUUGUUGGUUGCCAUGGUUGACCUGCCGGCGCAUCUUCCGGCCCGGGUGUCUGUUGGCCGCCCAUCUGCGGAAGGGAUGGGCGUUCGCCUGCCCACGCGCCCCCCCCGGUGGGGCGGUGUAUUUGGGUUCGCCCACGCCCUCGCUGCGCCCGCGUUCUAGUCCCGCCCGAGUCCGUGGGCGUGGUGUUUCUUGUAUAUUGGCCUCUUAGUUUUUGCAGGGAGCGCAACAGCCCCGGACCGGUAGCUGGGGUUGUUGCCUGCGUAUUAGCGCGGCCGGCGGCGCGGCCCGUUCGUUGUUUCGCUGCCUAUGAUUCUUCGGCCGCGCCGCCAUGGCAUGGAUGCGUUUGUCGUUUGUUGGCGGUCUUGUGGGCGAUCUGGCAAUGACGCAUCUCCGUUGCUAUGCCAUGCAUUGGCGACCACCUUCAUUUCCGCUGAUUCCGAAUGCACACGGCUUCUUGUGGAGUCGUUUUGUUCGAGCCAGUCAGUGUUGAGAGAUUUGCAUUUGAGCGCACCCUCCUGCGCGACAAGUGUGUGAGCGCGGCUUUGUGAGUGUGUCACAACGUGUGUUUCGGUCUAUAAUUAUUCUGUGGCAGUGGAUAGCGAGAGAGCCCCAACAAGAAGGAGAAUAGAUGUAUAGUAUUUUUAGAUUUGAGUAGAGCCGGUAUUGGGAUUGGCCUUGUGGAUGAGACUGCGUGAACGUGCAUGCACGAGUGCAAAGCUAAGCUUUUCUCCAACGUGCUCUCUCUAGGACAGAUGUGAGGUCUGACUCUGGGCCUGAGGAUGGUCCGUCUGGGGGAUCGUGUGGCACUCCUGCAGCAGCCCCACGCGUGAGCCCCCUCGGGAUUCCCUUUCCCGGAGAACGCCGGCCGCGGACGGGGUUGGCGCUCAGACUGACAGGGCAAUCGGCGACGCGGCCCCGCGGCGACAGGUCCGGCGAGCGAUCAGCAAGGACGUCACAAAGCCCAAAGCGUCGCGCGCGGCCGAUGAACCUCAUCGCCAUCUUUAAAAAGACCGGCGCUGUUAGCUGCCAGGCUUUUUGCAAAAACUCGCCCGCGGCCCCGGGGGCGGUAGCUGCUGUCCCCGAACUGGAUCACUGGCGCCAAGCCUUCCCACCUCUUGCCGCCCUUCCAUCCACCCGCCCGCGCGCCGGGUCGGUGUGCCGGGCGGGCCGGCCCAUUGCGUUUCCUGUGGCCCUUUUGUGGCUGGCCGCCGCCGGGCCCUUCGUGGGCGAACCAACCCGGGCGCCGGGCUUGCUUUUGCUCGCUCCCUCCCCCGCCCCGGGCGGGGGCGCCAGCGCCCUUGGCGACCGUUGUGCGCCCGGCCCUCUGUGUGUGUUGUGCAUCCGGCAGUGCUGCCGGUGCAGGCGGGCCUGCCCGGUUGGCCGGACGGUAGGCCGGGCCCCAGUAUCGCACGCACGCAGGCAUAACACCGGUCGCGCCUGCUGUGUUUUUCCUGUUCUGCGCGCCUGUUUGCGCGGCAGGUUCGGUUGUGGGCGAUCUGGCAUUGCCUUACCUUCGCGGCUCUACCAACGAACUAGGCAACGCCGGCCGCCUGGUGUUCGGCUGGAUCCGUUCGUAUCGUUGAUUGUAUCUGGCCAGUAGCCAGGGGCCUUUCUUCGUACGUUGUUUGCCUAUUCGUCAGCAACUUUAGAACCGCCGCGCCGACCAUGGCGCGCGUGUGUUUCUAAAUAAACCAGAAGCAGGCAAUGUUGGUGGAAGAGCCGAUCAUGACGCAGCCUGAAGACAAGGAGCCAGGGAGUGAGAGUGACACUGGGAGUAGGAAUAUGAGAACUAAUAUAACUCAGUGUAUCUAUUUGAGAGGGAAGUGGCAAUUUGUCUGUCUUGGGCUCACGCUCAGAUCCUACUAGCCCGUGUGAUAUGUCUAGCGCUAGCGCGUUGAGGAUGUUUCCGAGGGAAGUUGCAGGAGAGACCUGGUCACCGAGAUUUAAGCUACAGCGAAACGGCCGCCAUUUUCCAAAACAAAGAAAGACACAGUAGUAGACAUGGAUGAAUUUGGUAAACUUGGUUUCGAAUGAGCAGGAGCAGCGAAGAAUUCUUCCUCAUCGACCAGUAGUGCCAAUGUGUUGGCUGCGAAAAACGGUACGACGCCGAACGCCAGAUCGGUUACAUUUGUGGACGAAGCAGACACACCAUCCUCUCCGAAGAGCAAACCUAAACCGAAGGAAAAAUCAAAAAACACGAUGGGGGCUACUGCUGCUGCUGCAUAUAACGUUGGAAGCAGCAAGGGCAAGACCACGACCGGGGCGAAAAAGAAGUGAGGCGCGUUUGUGGUUUGUUGUACAAAGAGCUCCAACUUAGAUUGGGUGUCACGCAGGUCGCAGCUGCAGCUCGUCCUUGUGCGAAGGAAGAAGAGUCGAUUUUUAUAUCCAGCAUUCAACUUUAUGAUUUUGUAAUGCGGUAAUUACAUCACGAUUAUACCAGUAGUGAAUCAUCUCUCCCUUUCUCUAGUGCUCCCGCCACCGAAUGAAGAUCUUCGGAAGGAAGUGUAAUUAGGCUCAUGUAGCGCAAUCUAUUUCACCAAGAGCUUCUAUCAAUAUAGCAUUGUGUGUAUAUAAACUGCAAAACACCAAAGUUUAUGAUUUUGUACGUACGCGUUGCUGUAUUGACUCGCCCAACGUACAGCUGCUGCUACAGCUACUACAGACACCAAUAGAAGCAGCUUGUGUCUAAUUAAUUUCGACAACUUCUAUCUAAUUAUAAUGACAGUCACAGUGCCUUCUUCUGGGUCGGCCCAUCAAUAAAAAUGUGUCCCAGGUAAAAUAUGAGUCGGAAAAAAGACAGCCGGACCGUGCGAAGAAACAGAAAGAAACCCUCUUACGGCCGACUGGACAGUUUCAGUUAGGGACAUUGAUACUAACUUUGGAAGACCAUCUUCCAGUGCAAUACUAAUCCCACACUCCUGACUUUGUACAAAUAAUGAGCGUAUACGAAUGUAAGCAGACUGGUCCUAUUGUUAUAGAAAAGAUUUUUAUCUCCUUGUAAAAGAAUCCUUAUCAUUAUCUUACCUUUACUCGAUCAUAGUGUGCUAAUUACCGUGGGGAAAAAGCAGUAAGUAAAGGUAAAGCGAGAAGCGAAACAGACGAACUCACGAGGAAAGAAACUCUGAACAGGACGAAAUGUUGCGUAGCCCGUGCGGUUUUUCCCAACCGCCCGAUAGAUAGAUAGAUAG